AUGGCGAUUUCAAUGAGGCUGCUAGCAGCGAUGAUAGGACUGAAAAUACCCAUUGCCCACGGCCAUACAUUCAUGCAGAAUCCGGUGCCCUUUCCGAGCCAAUAUUUAGACAACGGACCAGUGGCAAAAGACGGGUCAAAUUGGCCGUGCUCAGGCGACACAGAAUACGAUCGUGCUGGGAUUGCGAACGUCUGGAAACGAGGUUCUCAACAGUAUCUGCAAGCAAUGGGAGGCGCAACCCAUGGGGGAGGGUCUUGUCAGAUCUCGAUCACGCUCGACCCCAAGCCUAAUCGUCAAAGCCAGUGGAGGGUCAUCCAUUCGAUCGAAGGCGGCUGCCCCAUCAGAAACUUGACUGAGGUAAACUAUGGCGAGUCACCGACAGUAUUGCUUCCCAGCAUAUAUAACUUCACGGUACCGAACUGGGUCCCUAUCGGCCCUGUGAUCAUGGCCUGGACAUGGUACGGGAGGUGGAGUGUACCCGAAAUGUUCAUGAAUUGCGCCCCGAUCAUGGUGCUGGGAGGACCUCAGGAACCCGAUGUUCCAGAGUCAGUCCGGCUCGAGAAAUUCCACGCAGCACCGUUAGUAUUUGAAGCAAACAACGGAAACGGAUGCUGGACCAUGAACCAGGGCAACUGCGUCAAGUUUCCCAAUCCUGGGAACUCGGUUGAGGUCAACGAGGAAUGCCCGCUGGAUGAACUACACCAGGUGACUGGCACUUGCGGGCCGGAGCAUGUCUUGGCGAAACAGGGGUGGUCAGGGGUGCACCUAAUGUUGUAUCAGGCAAUGGCCGCCAUUGCGCUUGUGGUGGGGGCUUAUCUAGGCUGCCUACGGGUCCAAAGGCAUCGCAGCUUGUCACACCGAUCGCCAGCGUGA